GCCAACAACAAAAAUGGAUGCUCGUGAUUGACAUCCAACUCGUACUUUGACACAUCUCGCUGAAGUAUGGAGAGACGGCCACUGCUUGGGGCCAAUGAAGAGUACCAAGUAGAGGACGAAACAUUAACGGAAAAAGAAAUUGACGCAAUUGUGACAGUCACGCCUGAACGGCAUUUCACCAAAAACCUUGCAAUAGCUAUAGCAGCAUGUGUGAGUGGCUCGUCUUUCAUGCUAGGCUACAACACGGGAGUUGUCAACACACCAGCAACAAUAAUAAAAGAUUUUUACAAUGCAAGUUACCACAGAAGGCAAGGAAACACCUCAGGAAGUCAAGGAAACAACUCCUCGGAGUACCUCUCUACUACAAGCAUCUCAAUUCUUUGGGCCACUACUGUCUCCAUUUUUGCAUUGGGUGGAAUGAUUGGGGGGCUCAGUGCGGGAUAUUGGUGCAAUAGAUAUGGAAGAAAGGGAGCCUUACUAAGAAACAACUUGUUACAUGUAGUAUCUGCUGCGUUGAUGUUUUCUUCUCGUUUUGCAUACUCCUAUGAAAUGAUGAUUGCUGGACGCCUUUUGGUUGGUGUUUGUGCAGGAAUAAACUCCGGGGCUGCCCCUCUGUACCUCUCUGAGAUAGCUCCAACCUCAUUGAGGGGAUUUGCUGGGGUCUUCAAUCAGCUUGCCAUCACUUCGGGGGUGCUGGUCUCACAGAUUCUGGGCCUGGAUUUUGUCUUGGGUACUAAAGAACUUUGGCCAUAUGACUUGGGUGCAACUGUUAUACCAAUAGCCAUCAUGUUGUGUUUGCUUCCUUGCUGUCCAGAAUCGCCACGGUUUCUGAUGCUUGUUACAAUGGAUGAAGAUGAGGCAGAAAAAGCUCUCAUUUGGCUCAGGGACACUGAUGAUGUAGGAGAGGAGCUGGAAGAGAUGAGGAGUGAGGCAGAAAAACAGAAGAGGAUGCAAAAGUUUGCUUUUAUGGAUUUAUUCAGGGACAAAUUACUCAGGGAGCCAUUGACAAUUAGUGUGGUCCUACAGCUGACCCAGCAGUUCAGUGGCAUUAACGCUGUAAUAUAUUACUCAACAGAAAUUUUUAGAUCAGCUGGUUUAAGUGCACAUAAUGCCGAAUAUGCUACCAUAGCAACAGGAGGGGUCAAUGUGGUUAUGACCCUCGUGUCUGCAUUCAUUAUGGACAAGGCUGGAAGGCGGUUUCUUCUACUGAUAGGUGUGGGGGGGUUAUUCAUCUUCAGUGCAGUUCUGGCUGUGUCUCUAAUACUCAUCAAAAAUUUCAGCAUAGCAUGGCUGUCAUAUCUAGCCAUUGUAGCUGUGAUAGGUUACAUCAUUGCAUUUGCCUCAGGUCCAGGUUCUAUACCCUGGUUCAUGGUAGCGGAGAUUUUCUCUCAAGGGCCACGAUCAGCUGCAGUUUCAGUGUCUACUAUGGUAAACUGGUUCUCCAACUUCACAGUUGGAUUAGUUUUCCCCUUAUUAAAUGAGUUGCUGAUCCAUCAAUACUCCUUCCUCCCUUUUGUGGUGCUGCUGUUUGUUUUCUUGAUCUUCAUAUACAGAAGAGUUCCAGAGACCAAAGGAAAAACAAUUGAACAAAUUUUAUUGCUGUUUAAAAGGCCAGAGACAAUGGUGUAUGAAAGAAUCAUUCAGCAGGAUUCUAACAAUCAGUCAUACACCAGGUUAGAAAAUCGAGAUUCAUCUGAAGAUUCAGUAUUUCGUCACGCUACAACGUCGCCAAUAGAUACACUGAUUACAAACGCAGCCGUAGAGACGACGGAUUUUGACAUCGUGGCAAACACCAGCACAAAGACACUCCGUGUGGAGCUGGACAUUCUGGUGGAACUAGAGGACUAUGUGGAGACAAGGUUGGCUCUGAUUUUAGAAGGACGUAGAAAGAAGAGGAAAGCAACUCGUAAUACAAAUAAACGAUGGCCAAAUAAAGAGGUCCCCUAUAUCAUUACCGACGAUUUUAGUCCCGCAGACAAGGUAGAGAUAAAAGCCGCUGCAGACGAGUGGAACAAAUACACGUGUCUGAACGUUAGGGAAGCAACAAAGGCAGACGUCAACAGAGUCCGGCUCCAAAACGGAAAAGGGUGUUCUUCGUAUAUUGGAAUGGUUAAAGGUGAACAGGAAUUGAAUCUAGGAAGAAACUGUCGAGUGAAAAGAGUAAUUGUCCACGAACUGGGUCACGCCAUCGGGUUUCAGCACGAACAAUCCAGACCUGACCGGGACGCAUAUGUAGAAAUUGUCCGUGAGAACAUCCCGGAAGCCCUGUCCUACAACUUUGAUCGACUACCUCAUACCAAAGUCAACGAUUACAACGUGGAGUAUGAUUACAGGAGCAUUAUGCACUACAGUGCUAAGGCUUUUUCCACCAAUGGGAUGAUAACGGUAAGGACCAAGGACCCCGAGUACCAAAAUGUCAUCGGUAACGCCCUUGGGCUCAGCUUCAAGGACAUUAAACUGGCCAACCUGAUGUACAGCUGUAACGAACAGUGUGAAGCUGUACAGUGCCCCGGUGGGGGGUUCCAGGCCAAGGAUUGUAAGUGUUACUGCGCGUCUGAGGACCCGAACAACCCCCUCGGGGAGUGUGAUGACAAAGAUGUCGUCACCAACAAACCACGCCCCACCACCACCAAGAAAACGGGCGCCUCCACCGAGUCCCCUGUAACUAAUAACUGCCAGAACGGACACAACUACUGCGAUUUCUGGGCCAACAGGGGGCACUGUGACUCCUCCCCCGGGUUCAUGAACCUGUACUGUAAGAGUUCUUGUGGCCGAUGUACAGCGGAGGCUGAGGUUUGUGAGGAUGUGGGACAACACUGCAAUUUCUGGAAGGCACAGGGUUACUGCACCAUGAACAUGAUGCCCUACAUGCAGAGAAACUGUCGGCGCACCUGCGGUUUCUGCACGCUGGAUGAAAGCAAUGGAGAAGGGUUUGGAGCCUUUAGAAGUUCUGCCACCGACAUCACAGCAAAAACGGCUUUCGUAUUCAUUCUGAGUAUGGUACAAAUUCUUAUUGCUGGAAUAUUUUAAUCUAAUAAUUCAAUCAACGAAAGAAGACUGAAAACUGCCUUGAGGUUGAACUUGCAAAACUUAAAGUGAUCAAAAACUAAAGUUUCCCAUUGAAGUUGUUCAGCAAUGGAAAAUCCUUGUAAAGAACCACCUUCAAUCUUGCAGCCGAAGUCAGUUCUUAAGGACGUUGAAUUGUCUACUUGCAAUCACGUAUUGCAGGUUUGACCAUUCAGAGAAUAUCGGUUUUUUUAUUGUUAUGUGUGCAAAUGAUCUCCCGGUGACAGAGUUUGCUACAGAAUGACUCAAUGAGUUUUAAUAUACCCAAAACGGUCCGAGAAGCUCGAUUUACGUCAGAAAGCUUUGUGAUAUUCGCUAGCUGUGAUUGUUUCAAAAAUAUGCUAUUUAUUUUAGAUAUUUUCUAAAUACUUUCUUAAAACAUAGAAUUAUACACAUGGAGUUUGUUUCAAUAAAAAAGAAUUAUAUU